GAGAAAAACAUUUGCUCUGCAAAAUCCAGUGCUGUCAGGCAGACUGCAAACUGCUUUCUUUCAAGUCCUCGGCAGCUGGAAGAUCUGACCAAAAGACAACCAGAAUGGCAGAAUGUGGAGAAUGCGGUCCUGGAUACAAGACUCCUUUGGAUGCCAUGAAAGGUCCCAGGGAGACAAUCAUAUAUUUGCCCUGUAUCUACCGGAACACUGGGAUAAACAAACCUGACUAUCUGGCCACUGUGGAUGUGGAUCCAGAAUCUCCAUGUUACUCUCAGGUGAUCCACCGUCUGCCCAUGCCCAAUGUCAACGACGAGCUCCAUCAUUCGGGGUGGAAUACUUGCAGCAGCUCCUUUGGGGAUGUCAGCAAGAAACGGAACCGGCUGAUUCUUCCCAGUCUGAUCUCUUCCCGCAUUUACGUGGUGGAUGUGGGCACAGACAUGCGGGCUCCCAGGCUCUAUAAGGUUAUUGAGCCAGUGGAAGUAUACUGGAAGUGCAACCUGGCCAAUCCCCACACAACUCACUGUCUGGGUAAUGGUGAGAUCAUGAUCAGUUCCCUAGGUGAACCAUCUGGCAAUGGGAAAGGUGGCUUUAUUUUGCUGGAUGGAAAGACCUUUGAAGUGAAGGGAAACUGGGAGAAAGGGAACAAGAUACCUGCCCUUGGCUACGACUUCUGGUACCAGCCACGGCACAACGUCCUGCUGAGCACUGAAUGGGGAGUUCCAAAGUACAUUGCAAAUGGGUUUAACCCAGCAGAUCUGACAAAAGGGCACUAUGGCCGCUACAUUAAUGUGUGGGACUGGACUACUCAUGCUUUCAUACAAACAAUUGAUUUGGGGGAGGAUUCCAUCCCACUGGAAAUCAGAUUUCUCCACAAUCCUGAUGCUGCAGAGGGGUAUGUCGGGUGUGCCCUGAGCAGUGCGAUCCACCGUUUCUACAAGACUGAGAAAGGAACCUGGGCAGCUGAGAAGGUGAUCCAAGUUCCCAACAAGAAGGUGGAGGGGUGGCUUCUGCCUGAGAUGCCAGGUCUCAUUACUGACAUCCUCAUCUCCCUGGAUGAUAGAUUCCUGUAUUUCAACAACUGGAUCCAUGGAGACCUUCGUCAAUAUGAUAUCUCCAACACCAGGAAACCCAAACUGGUUGGACAGGUGUUUUUGGGAGGCAGUAUCACCAGAGGUGGGCCCGUCACUGUGUUGGAAGACCCAGAGCUGCAGUGUCCACCAGAGUCAUUUGUGAUCAAGGGGAAGAAGGUUGCAGGUGGACCUCAGAUGAUCCAGCUGAGCUUGGAUGGCAAGAGACUGUACAUAACCACUUCCCUUUACAGUGGAUGGGACAAGCAGUUCUACCCAGACCUUAUCAGGGAAGGCUCUGUCAUACUGCAGAUUGAUGUGGACACUGUGAGAGGGGGCCUGACAGUGAAUGAAGAUUUCCUAGUGGACUUUGGGAAGGAACCCCAUGGGCCUGCCCUCGCUCAUGAGAUGCGCUACCCAGGUGGAGACUGCACUUCUGAUAUCUGGGUCUAAUUCUGCUCUUUUGAUAUCCACCCCCUUCCUCCCCACCCACCACCUCCGUCUCUCAUUUUCUCGUAUUUAGCAUAGAUAUGCAAAAGGGCAUAGAUGGAUGUGAUCAGCUGGGGUUCAGUCCAUCUAUCAGUCUGAUGCUGAGCCUCAGAAGCUCUCUCCCUCCCAUGAUACUCUGGCUGAGGCAACUAGGUGAGGCUCUCUGAACCAUAAGGCAUAACGCCUUGCUUAUUUCUCUACCCCUUGCUAUUCAAGAGGGGUUCUGUGUAUUCACUAAUGGCCACAAUCACUGGGGAACAUAGUCAGAUGUUAGGGGGAAGUCUUGCUGAUGUCUCCACCAAAGGAUUCUAGCAGCUGGCUUCAUGUUAGUGUCUCUGAAGUGUUAUUACAGGCACCUUAGCAUCUUGCUGACCUUGCUUAUCUGGCUUAGCACUGAAUUCUUUUGUGCCUCCAUCUCGUAGUCCAGCAAUAAGGAACCCAUAACCUGCCAGCCCAGGGACAUAGCCAGGAUCAAAUACAAUCGGCCACUGAGGCAGUGCAGAAGACCAACUCCUCAAGAUGAAUUGAUUUAGUUACUCCUUUUUAAUCUUGUACAAAAAACUGGUGGAAAGUUGUGGGUUUAUCUCUGCAGUCAAUUUUAAUCAUUCUACAGUUAGGUGUUGUUUAUAUUUGAAAAGUAAAGCAGAUGCAGGUGGGAUGUGGAUUGAAGUGGAGUAGCUGUUCUUUAUAACUCCAUGCCUGUGUGCCCAUCUCCUGCAAAAAGAGUGCCUUGAUCCGAAGCUUAUCCCACCCAUGCAUUGGUCAGUGUUUUAUUGCACGAUGCAGUGUGAGCUGGGCUUGCUCAUGUUCACAAAGCAGGGAGCUGUGUCCCAAAGCUGGAUUGGAUUUCCUCUGUGUGCAGCUCUGCUUUAAAAAAGACAAAUAAUAAAGUUGUUAUUUGCACACA